GAAGCAGUUUUGUUUUAUGGAUUUUGUUUUGGUCCUUCUCCACCUCCUAGCUAAGUGUAGCUUCGUGCUCUUCGGCUGCUUAUAUUUUAUUUCUGAUGUUUGUUUUACUGACAGCUACAGAAGAUGAAGAAGUUAUUUGAAGACAUUAAAAAGGAUAUCAAAUUUAAAUCUGCAGGACCGGGGAAGAAGUUAACAGAAGAUGCAAGCAGCAAACCUGCGGCGGCGCCGUGCAGCUCCAGCUCCAAGCAGAGUCGGUAUGCUCCCAGCGAAGGAGCGCAGAGGGCAGGGGCCGCGGCCCUGGCGCGGGUCGAGCAGAAGCAGCGGCCCAAGGUGCACACCUCCCAGGAUGCCAUCAGGAAUCAGGUUAAAAGAGAACUGGAGGCCGAGGCCCUAGCUGAGAAGGACAAUGCAGUCACAGCUGAGGGAUCCAAAGUGAAAGAUCCCGCCUGUCUUUCUGUGUCAGGUGUCUACUUCACCUGCCCUCUCACCGGCGCCACGUUAACGAAGAGUCAGAGAGAAGUACACAUUAAGGAGGCUAUUCUGAUGCGCUUUGAGGAGGAUGAUAUUGAGGCUUCUGUUAUGAUGGUCCACACAUUUAACAAAGACAAAGAGAAAGUGAAGGCAGCUGUGGACAUCAUCAGCAAGUAUGUUGAAAAUAUUUGCAAGAACCCCUCAGAGGAGAAAUACAGAAAAAUAAAAGUCAGCAACAAGGUGUUCCAGGAGAAAAUACGUCCUGUGGAGGGCUGUUGGGAGUUUCUGCAGGCUUUGGGCUUCAUAAGUGUUAUGCUGCCUGUGGAGGGCCAAGAGGAGGAAGAGGAGUUCCUGGUGUUGCCGGAGCAAAGUGCCGAUGUCAUGGAGCUGAUGAAGGAGCGGAGAGAUCGUCUCCAGAGAGGAGAGCCAGUCAGAGCUCAGCUGGACCGGCAGCCUCAAGCUUUCAGACCGUCUCCUAACGCUCAGCGCUUCGAGCUGCCGCCUGAGUUCUACAACCUGACAGCAGAAGAGCUGAAGAAGGAGCAACAGCAGAGAACUGAGUUGGUGGAGAAGAACGCUAUGCUUCGCACAAAAGCCAUGAGGGAGAAGGAGGAACAGAGGGAGAGAAGGAAAUACAACUACACCCUGGUUAGACUUAGACUGCCUGACGGUAACUUGCUCCAAGCCACAUUCUAUGCCUGGGACCGUCUGCCUGCGCUCUUUGAAUUCAUCCGCGAGUCCCUUGUGGACGGCUGGCAGCCCUUUGAAAUCAUCGCCCCUGGAGGUCAAAAGAUACAUGAGUCUGAGGAAGUUACUCUAGUGGAAUGUAACCUGGUCCCUGCUGCCCUGCUCACAUUUGCCUGGGAUGCAGCUGUGCAGGCUGACAUUGCAGCUGCAGGUGGAAAGAGCCCCACUCUCCUCAAACCAGAGCUGCUGGAGAACAUUCAAACCCUGAGCUGAGCAAAGACGUCGCACUUUGUCCUCAAACUGUCCCCUACUACCUCCCCAUGUCCCUCACUCAAUCGCUGCAGAGCUAAAAUCGCCUCUUGUGUUGUGAUGUAUUUAUUUUUACAACUUCUACUUAAAGUUAAAAAUAGUAGCAGGAGGCAACUUCACCUUAAGGGAUUUGUUUUUGUUGAGCGUAACCUUCUCUCCAUGUGGGGUCACCCUCCAACGUGUCUCUGAAGCACUUUGUAUUAAAGGACACUACUAAGAUGUAAGGGACGUGUUGGCUUUCUGACAUGUCCUGGAUGUAGCAGUCCAUCAGAUAGAGGACAUGUUUUAUGUGUCAUCACCUCCUGCCCUUUCUUACCUCCAGUGUCUCAGCUGAUUACUGAAGUUGCGUCGUUCAGUGCAACAGUGUAAUGGACGUCUUGAUGUGAUCAUUUUCUUUUCAGUGUUCAAGGUGAGCUUAGUGUUGGCUGUUAGCGGAUGAUCGUCUGCUCUUCGCGUGACUCGAGUGCGGCUCCCUUACUGUAAACAAGCUUCUGUUGCCUGUAGGUUCUCUGCUGGGCCGCGAGACCCGCCGCACUUUCUGGUGUUGUACAGCAGACUCGGCAGCGUCAAUGGGAGCACGAGACCAUUGAUCAGUCAGAAACUAAAUAUUAUUUUUGUUUAAUAACCGGAUAAACGCUGAGAGUUUAAUAGCAGUACUUAUAUCAUGAUGCUUGCUGGUACAUAUUGAUCAGAGUAUCAUUGAAAAGUUGAUUUAUUUCUGUCAUUUAGAUCGGUUGGAUUCAUUAAAGCUUACAUUCAGUUUCACUUAAUAGUAAAAUAUUACAGCAGAACCCAUUACAAUCAUUUUAAUACAGAAAUGUCUGCCUAGUGAAAGCUGCAUCCAUAUCUGGUGCAGUAAAUGUACUCAUUACUUGGUCUGGGCUCCUUGAGCAUGAAUUACAGCAUCAGCUUGUGGUUCUGCUGAAGUGUUCAGGAAGCCCGGGUUGCUUUAAUUAAGGCCAUCAGCUUGUCUGUUGGCUCUGGUCUCUCUCGUCUUCAUUAUGGGUACUUUUGGCAGAGUGGGAAUGUGUCAAAUCCUGCUAACAGAUGAAAUCAGCAUCUGAAUAAAGGUUUGUUAGCAGACGGAAGCAUGAAAUACUCCAAAAUGUCCUGGAAGACGGCUGCGCUUACUUUGGACUUGAUAAACCACAGUGGACAAACACCAGACGUCAUGGGUCCUCUAAUCAUCACUGACUGUGGAAACUUCCACUAAAGCAUCUUGAAUUCUGUCUCUCCACUCUCCAAACAAAAACGUAUUCUCAUCUGAGAAGACGAGCCUCAGUCCUUUAGUUUUUUCUAAGUCUAGACAAACCACUUCUGAGGUUGUCUCUGGUUCCAGAUUGGCUAAAGAAAUGCAACGGUUGCAGUCCAUGAAACAGACAACUCUUGAAGCGCCAAAUCCAGCUGCGGUCCACUUCCUGUGAAUCUCACCAGACAAAUCAUUUCUGUAUUAAAACUCUGAGAUUUUCUCAGAAACCGCAUUGCAAGCCAUAAUCAACCUUAGAAAGAAACGGCUGAAAUAUAUCGGUGUGUGCCGGAUCUACAGGAGUACCAGUUUGACUUUCUGAAUUAUAAAUGGACUUUUUGAUGGUCUUCUAAUUGAUUGAGAAACACCUGUACUUCAGCAGUUCAAAGCACUUUGAAGGAUUAUUGUUUUGAAUAAUUCUCUAAAUCUAAACCUUAAACAGUGGAUUAUUGCCAAUAAAGUGAUAACUUCGGCAUUACAUUAGUUAUGGGAACACAGACCAAGCAGAGCUGCAGCAGUCCUUAUAAAUAUGUUUGGUAAAAUGUCCAUUUUUUUUUUACCACCUCACCUCAGUCAGUCAGGUGUUGCUUUUAUUUUCCGUUAAGCUCGAGUUCAUUGUGAGGAGAAACAGAACAAAUCGGCAUCUUUUCUUACUUGGAGAUAUUUCUCUAUAAACAAGCAAAGCCAUUGCUAUUAAAAUAGCUAAAUAAUAGCUUCUAUAAUUGCAUGAAAGUCACAUGUGAUUCUUACAUUUCAUAUCUCUACAGACUUUAACCUUCCACCUCGUGAUUCGCAGGUUUAUGUUUUAUUCUGGUGGUUUUUUUCUCGGAAUAUGAAUCGAUACCAUGUAUAUGGAUACAAAUGAAUUGUUUUGCUAAUGUUUGGUGUAGAUAAUUUCCUACCUCUCAUCGUUACCAAUGGUUUCAACAUCUUUAUUCUAUGUAAUAUCUGAUGCAGCUGCCAAUUAAGAGGAAGUUUCUGUCAAAAUCCCAACAUUGUUUUUGUUCUGCACUCUUCCAGUUUUAACUUGAUUACCAGUCACAUAUGGGUUUAACUGUUUGAUUAGCAUUGUAACCUUUAAUGCAUUAUUGAGCAGCUGUGAUUUAUACAUCAUGUUUUGAGAUGUGCUCUGUUGCUUUUGAACCUGCCUGCUCUAAAGAGGUCUCUCUACCCAACUGCGUAUUUUCUUUAAUAAAACGAAAAGAUCUGA